CGGAUGACGGAACCGAGCGUCUGCAUGUAAACGCUGUCCCCGACCACGACAUCCUCACCCGCUGUCUCUGAGUUCCAGCAUCGUCUCACCACCGAGGACGGCGAUUUUCAGCAAAUAGAGCGGUUUCGGCAGUCAUCGUUCUCAGAGCCCGCCACCGACGUGCCAAGACGGUUACAAGGCGGCUUUAAUCCAGAUGUUGCAGCUCAGUCGGUCAGCUCGCGCUCCCCACACCUCCCACAUCGGCGCAGGGCCGAGCAGAGUCAAUCAAAACCACCUGACCACAUCUCGGUGCACACGGACGCGGAGAACAGGACAGGCACAGGAUCAGCGUCGGACGUUCACGGCGCUCUGCUCUCAUACGUGUUUCAAUUUGAUAGAGUUUCCUACACGUAUAUCAGUGUCUCCGUUCCUUGUGCCUGUGCAGCAGCACGCAUCCCAGGCCAUACCGAUGAGCACUCUUGGUGCGCGACGACCAUAUUCGAGCGAGGCGAAGGGGAAGGACCCCCGCAAGCCGACCGAGGACCUGCACGAUCACCAUAAGGAAGACCCUCACGAACACGGCCAUGAACACUCACAUACCCACUCGCACUCGCACUCGAUAUUCGGCGCGAUGACACACACGCACGGACCAGGCGAGGAGGGGGCCGGGCAUGACGCGGAGCAGAUCGUCGAAGCGUUGAAGAAAGGCACAGGCGACCGGGGAAGCAGAAUCACCAUCAUCGGCCUCUUUUCGAACAUUGGGCUCACGGCGUCGAAGGGCCUCGCAGGCUGGUACAUGAACUCGGCGUCGCUGCUCGCCGAUGCAGGUCACUCUGCGAGUGACCUUCUCGGAGAUUUGGUGACGCUCCUUACGUGGAGGGUCUCGCGCAAGCCGCCAUCAGAACGCUACCCGUACGGAUACGGCAAGUUCGAGGUGCUCGGCACGACAGCAGUCUCGCUCAUGCUCACUGGGGGGGCACUCGGGAUCGGGAUCCACUCGUUCGCGCUGCUCAUGGAUGCGCUGUCGCAGACAGCAAUCGACCUACCGUCAGGCACUGUCGCCGACAUGCUCGCAACGGUUGCACAGGCAUCGCAUCAUAUACCAAUCGCGCACGCGCAUGAACAUGCACACGCGCUCGACCCGAACGCGGCGUGGUUCGCUGCGGCGAGUGUCGUCGGGAAGGAGUGGCUGUAUCGGGUGACGAAGCGAGUGGCGAACGAGGAACACAGCCCGGUGCUGUUUGCGAACGCCAUCCACCAUCGGAGCGAUGCGUACUCGAGUGCGGUUGCACUUGUCGCGAUCCUGGGGACGUGGUGGUUCCCGCAUCUGCCGCUUGACCCGAUCGGAGGCAUCAUGGUGUCGAUUUUGAUCAUCAGGCAAACCCGGGGGGUCUUGAUGAAUGCUCUGCACCAGCUCACGGAUGGGAGCGUGUCCUCUCAGACAAGGACCAUCCUGAUGGACGCCCUCACGCCUCUCCUCCCUAGCCAACCAACAGCAAAUAUAUCCACUUCGCCUGCGCCCACGUCAUUACAAACACAGGUCGCGAAUCGCAGCGAGAGCCUGCUCGGGAUCCGCGACCUCCGCGCGAUGCGGUCCGGGGCGCGGAUGUUCGUCGACCUCACUGCAGACGUGCCGCGGACGCUCAACGUGGAGGAGACGAGCGAGCUGGAACGGACGAUCACGGACGCACUGAAGAAGGCGCGAAGAGAGGUGACGGAAGUGAGGGUGAAGUUCCAUCCUGUGGAUGCAGAUGAGAUCGUACGUCACCAUGGGCGGGAAAACGGUGAUGAAGGCCGUCAUCAUAACCACGAUCGCUGAGCAUUACGAAGAGCAAUAGACGUUCUUACUACAUGCUAAUUCCAUGCUGCCGUCUUGCCUCCGACUGGAGUCUAUGCCAGCGUCAGCCACCAUCACCACUUGCACCUCGCGAGCGGAUCACCGCUCGUACAGUGCGGCUUAACGCAAGCAAUGUGUGUGGGUAGCAAACCCACGUACGAGUGGUGAGCUCACUCGAUGUGGAUUCGAUAGAUCGAUGAUCGCCUUGGACCAGUGAGAUUGAAACAGCUUUUCAUAGACUGAGUUUCUUUCUUUGCUGUGUGAGGUACGGCAACAGGGCACAUAUGGCUAUGUUGUGAAAGUCUCAGCGGCUUGAGAUUUGUAGACGUCGUGCAUGUUGUGAAUCUGGGGUUGAGGCUUUAAUAUGAGCAGGCCAUCAGAACUACCCUCUAUGUAGCUUGACAGCAUUGUACUUGCUCUUUAGUGGUAGUGACCCAGUGAAAGCAAAGGCCACUGAAAUCAGAUACAGCUCGAUACUCAC